CGUGGCAAGCCCAGAAAAGAGAGGACCACCUACUGGACACAAAAUCACUGCACAGAAGCUGAUCGUGAGGUCUGGUUCAGAGCAAGAGCAGUAAUCCGGACGAAAACAAAAUGGCCUUCCUACUCAUGGGUGUGACUCUGCUGCAUCUCAUCACCUUGGCCAUGCUGUUCAUCUCUACCAUGGAGAAGUCCUGGUGGGUGUGGGACGGGAUGGAGAAUUCAGACCUGUGGUACAACUGUAGGUAUGACAACUUUUCAGGAACUUGGUUGUGCGCAUCCUCCAAAGAAAGUGAGUGGCUUCACGCAGUUCAGGUUUUGAUGGUGCUCUCAGUGGUCUUCUCCUCAGUUUCCUUCCUGAUCUUCCUGGGUCAACUUUUCACAAUGUCCAAAGGCGGACUUUUUUACUUUACUGGACUGUGUCAAGUGUUUGCAGGACUGACAGCCUUGUCUGCUGUACUAAUCUACACAUUACACAACAAGGAAAUCCUUCAAGACAGCAGAGAAGUGACUUCAGGACACUUUGGCUACUGCUUCAUCCUAGCCUGGGUGUGUGUGCCUCUCCUGCUGUGCAGUGGCAUCAUUUAUGUCCACUUGCGCAAGAAAGAGUGAACACGCAAAGCAACACACUGUCAACAAAAAUGGAAAAUAUCAGUAGAUUGCUCACAAAUGUUAAUUUUUUGCUUUUUUUUUUUGCUUUGGUAAAUGGAGUUUUGUUUCUGCUACAUAAACAAAUUAUUACCCAGAGAUUCGAUUUUGUCACAUUACAUUUUGUCAUGAUUAAAGCUAAGGCUUGAAAUGCUU